CCAAUCCAACGCCAUUUUCUCUAUCCUGUCAAUGAACUGAUCCGGUCCGCCGCUCGGUUUAUAUUCUUACAGAAUUUUGAAAAAAAUACACAAGUUAUCAACGAUUCUGUCGUUGAUUUCUUGUUGUCCAUUCACAGUUUGUUAGUGCUGAUCCAAUCCGAGAUGUCCUACAACAAAUAUAACACGCGCCAUUCCGGCCGUUUCAACACCCCGGGUCAGUUCGUGCCUGCUGGAGAGCUGGCGGGAGGCGCGGCGCCGGGCGGCGGAGCCCAGAGACAGCAGCACAACAACCCCAAUCUUGCUGUCGGACAACCCUUCAACCAGCAGUCGUUCACGACGGUGCCACAGCCGCCGCUGCCGCAGCAGCCCCGCCAAGUUCAACAGCAAAACUUGCAGAAUGUGCCCAUUCAACAACAGAACCCGGACGUGGAGAUGAAAACUGAACCAGGGACUGAGGGAAACAAUGAGGGCGGCAACGGCGGCGGUGGCGGCGGCCGCCCCCACUGGAUGAAGAACAAGCUGGGAGGAGUGAAGAAGAUCUCGAACAAGGAGCGCCGCCGCCGCCAGAACGAGACUCUUCGCAGGCUGCUCACGCCCAAGAACGCGCUUAUGGUGCUCAACGAGAUGAUGCCCAACGAACAGCUCGCCACGCAAUUCAAAGUUGAGGCAGCGGGCAACCAAUUCUACAAGCCCGCCAACCAGCAGAGCUUCUGCGCGGACCUCACGCUCGAUGGCAACGUAUACAAGGGAUAUGGCGAGAACAAGUUGUCUGCGCGUAACGCGGCGGCCGAGAAGGCUAUCCGGGACCUGAUCAUCAAGCGCAUGUCCAAGGUGUUCGCCAACGAUGCCGCCAAUGCCGCCGAUGCUGAAAAUGCUGAUUCUGCAGAGGGCGACAACGCGAACGGCGAAAACGAGGAGACGCUGCCCAUGAUCCAACUGGCUUCGUUCGCUCUUCACAAACUGUUCUCUGAGUGGGAGUAUGAAGGAGUCAAGGUGCCGCAGCUGAAGUCUACUGGCCAGCAGGGUAACAGCACAGAGUGUAUGGAGGUGAUCGCGCCCCCGCCGCCCAAGCCGAAGCCGCCCAUGAAGCGCAAGGAGCUGCCGCCCAACGCGGCCGCGCUGCACCCCUGCAUGCUGCUCACCUACAUGCGGCCCGGCCUCGAGUACCGCGAGCUGGCCGUCAGCGGCGACAAGCCGCAGACCAUGCUGUUCACCAUGGGCGUCGACGUGGACGGCGCCACCUACAUCGGUAAAGCGUCCAACAAGAAGGAGGCCCGACGCGCCGCCGCGCGCGCCGCGUGCGCCGCGCUCUUCAACGUGUCCUUCCCCGACGCGGCCGCGCCCCCGCCCGGCGCCGCGCCGCCCAUGCAGCAGUAGGCGUCCAACAAGGAGGAGGCCGCGCUCUGCAACGUGUCCUUCCCCGACGCGGCCG